CACCGACCAAUCAGAGCUGCUGAUGUCAUCCUCUCCCCUCCCCCACCCUGUGUGUGUGUGUGUUCAACCUCUUUGUGUCAGCUCGGUUGCCGAGGCAGCAGCAGUGUGAGGACGGAGGUCGCAUGAAGCGUCGCUGCGUUCCUCUGAGAGCCGACCACAACCUGCUGACCCCCGACACACACACACAGUCGGGGGUCAGGCUGCAUCCUGUUGCCCAGGUGAGGUCGGAGGGCGUGGCCUCAGGACACCUGAGUGACUUGUCCAGCAGUGAAUCAGCUGUCGGCGAGGCGAGGCGACGGCCCCCUGUAGCGUCUCCAACUCGCCGUCUGCGAUUUGAGGAUGAGACAGAGACGGAGGCGGAGUCCCGUUACCUGGAGCGGCAGAGGAGACGGGGGGGUCAGCGAGGGACAGGUGUCCUGGUCUCCAAACCAGACCUGAACCUGUACGUCAAGGCCAGGGCGGAGGCGGGGCAUGUUGCUGACAGACAGCAGAGAGGACGGACGCCGGCAGGGGGGCAGUGUGACUUAUGUGGGACAGUUUUAGGAGGUGGAGUCAACCUGAACCUCCGUUUACACCCACAUGUACCUGAAAAUAGGGGGCGGAGACUGUACAGGACUGAGCCAAUCAGAGAGACCUACAUUGGCUGUGUCAGACCUGGUGAGACCAGCGGGGGAGGGAGCGGCGCUGGCCAGGUGAUGAUGGGGCCCAAUCAGGUGGAACUUAAUGGAAACCAGGUGACCCUGCUUAAGGCCACGCCUACCACAGACCUGCCAAUGAACCCCUACGCCCCUGACCAAACAACCACGCCAGCUCAGCCCUCCUCCUCCUCAUCUUCUCCUCAUGUGACAUCACUGAUGAUGUCACAGAGCGUCAGGCUCAACUGCACAAAAUCAGGGCAGAACCAGAACCAGGAGGAGCGAGGGAGACCUGCAGCAGCCAAGCCCCACAGAGAGCUACGAUCGGGGCCAGAGCUGAAGGAGAGGAGCCCCUGUGUGAAGGAUGGAGGUCUGGAUCUCAGGAUGAAGAGCCCCUCCUCCUCGUCCUCGUCCUCCUCAGGAAGGAGCUCAAAGACUACAGCCGAGAGCCAAGCCCCUCCCACCACAGACAGCAACAGCGAUGGACAGGUCAGACAGCCAAUGACAGCCGACCUUGACAGUGAGGACACGUCACUUCCUGAACACUUCAUAAGCAGAGACGAUUCCUCUCGUCUUUCUCUGCGACGUCUUCUCUCCACCGUCAGACUGAGCAGGACUCGAACCGGCAGCCUCGACCGCCUAAGUUCACGACCCCGCUCCUCAUCAUCUGGCUCCGCCCACUCUGAUCCCCCCCCUCUUGUCCCAAGAAGUCCUCUGGCCUCCUGA